CCUAUUUGCAAGAUUAAUUAUAAGUUUCUAGUCAUAGUUCUAAAGUUCCCUCUUGUAAAACCAAAAGCAAUAAUGAUGUUAGAAUCCUAAUCAAACAUCCUAAUAAAAAUAUGUUAUUAUCCCUCUUGCAAAGUUCUUUGAACCGAAUUGAAAACACAUGUACGUCAUCAUGCCAUCUGCUCCCCUCUCCCUCGAUUUGUUCAUGAUUUACGUUAAUUUGCAGCGUACAAAUCAUAGAAUGUACUUUCCCUGUUUAUGUACUUCCCACCACACGCGCCAAGAUGACGCUUUGCCUGCGUUGGGUAAUUCCAAUCUUGUGGCACGCAGUGUAGAUGAUCGCAGUGAGUGACCGAGCGCCGAGAUAUAAAGAGGCACAGACUGCAAUUACUAACGUUUGUGCUUUACCAUGCGGAUUUUUCAAUGGAUAUCCACACUACUAAUAGUUGUUUACGUAUGUAUUGGUUCUGGAUAUGCACAAACUUAUGAAUGUGGAUCAGACAAAUUUCGAUGCUAUGAUGGAGACUGUAUAGCUGGCGACUUAUUGUGCGACGGCACACCACACUGUAAGGAUUUGUCUGAUGAGACAGAGGCAGAGUGUACAAAGCCAGAGAUUUUGUGUCAUAGGUAUGCCUUUCGUUGCAACUACGGUGCCUGUGUAAAUGGAGAUUCUGUAUGUAAUGGCGUCCAAGAUUGCAUUGACAACAGUGACGAAACGCAGCCUCAGUGUACAAAACAUACAACAAACAAUCAAACAGGAAGACCUACAAGUAGACCUACAAGCAGACCUAUAAGCAGACCUAAUAGAUGUACCACAAAUCAAGUUACAUGCAAUAAUGGCGAGUGUAUUCAUAAGGACAAUAUGUGUAAUGGAAUUGAAGAUUGUGCGGAUGGUUCUGACGAAACUUCUGAAAAAUGCAGAUCACUAUAUUGUCCUCCGACAGCUUUCCGUUGUUCUUAUGGAGCUUGUAUCAAUGGUGAUCUACGAUGUAACGGAGUAGUUGAAUGCAUCGAUGGAUCAGACGAGGAUUCGAGAUGCAGCGAAACUGGAGGGUGGCCAUCACCUUUACCGACGGUACCAACAACGGAAACAACACGAUGGCCUGUACCGACUCCAACACCAACACGUGGCACAAACGCUUGUAGAGCACCUUCGCAACCGCAGAACGGUCGUUGGAAAUUACAUCGAUCACAAUGUUCAGGUGGACAGGAAUGUAACGUUCCAGAAGGAACGGAACUGGGAUUAGGAUCUCAUCUCGUCUACUCCUGCAAUUUGGGAUAUAAAUUAAGAGGUCCAACUGACGUGAGCUGCAGCUUCGAGGGAAAAUGGCUUAAUAUACCAGUUUGCACAGAAAUACGCUGCAAAGCUUUGACUACAGCAUCAAUCGAAGCUAGAUGUACAUACAAUUAUGAAUGGAUACCUUGUGAAUCUCCAGUUCCACCAGGAACAGAAGCGGUAUUGGAAUGUAAAAAUAGUUAUCGGCCUGAAACUAAUCUACUAACCGGACAAAGAAAGAAUGUGAGAUGUAAUGCAAAUGGUCAAUGGGAACCAGAACCUAUGCGAUGUAUUCCAGUAUGCGGCACUCUUCCUCCCGACGUUACACCGACUGUUGUAGGCGGUGUACGGCCGAAUAUCACGGAAUUUCCGUGGCACGCUACGAUGUAUCUUGAUGUACCAGGCGAGUCAAAGAAAUUCUUCUGUGGAGCGACCAUUAUUCAAGAGAAUCUCUUGAUAACGGCAGCGCAUUGUGUAUAUGAUGAGAGUAAUAGGCAACCGAUUAAUGCCGGCUCAAUUUAUAUAUUAACGGGAAAUAUCUUUCGUGAUUACGAUUAUCCUUUUCAUAAUCCAAUCCUCGUUAAAAAGAAUCAGGUGAAACGUAUUUACAUCGUACGUAAUUAUCUAGGACUUAUAGGAAAUUACCUCUCGGAUAUCGCAGUAUUAGAACUCGUUAGACCAUUUGUAUUGUCAACUUGGUUGGUUCCCGUAUGUAUAGAUACUUUAAGCGAUAGAAGUGUAUUGGAAGCAGGUUCUUAUGGAAAGGUAGCAGGAUUUGGUAGAACCGCACUCGGUGAAUCUAGCGCCGUUUUACAGGCUUUAAGAGUACCUGUAAUUCCGCUCAGCCAAUGCAGAUCCGCUAGCCAAAAUGUUAAUACAGAACAAUUUAUUACCAAUGAUAAAUUUUGCGCAGGUUACACAAAUGGUUCUUCUGUCUGCGAUGGUGACAGUGGUGGCGGAUUAGUCUUUAAAACCAAUAGUUUGUGGUAUCUUCGAGGUAUUGUUAGUGUUUCCCUCGGCACGAUACAAAAGGAUGGAACUGGUCAUUGUGACAAUAACUUGUAUUCCUUAUAUACAGAAAUAUCCAGGCAUAUUUCAUGGAUACAAGAUGUAAUUAUAAAAAUAGAACAAAAUCAGAUACACAUAUUAUGUUCAAAUUUAUCUCAAACGAGAUGUUCCUAAAUUUAUUAAUGAUACCAUCAAUUAUUAUGCGCAAUUAUCGAAAAAAGCA